GGUCAGCUGAUAUUUUUCGAUUACCUCCCUUCUUGCAGACAACUUUUUUUUAGUUUAUUUACAUUUACAGACAAAAUUUGAAACAAUGAUAAAGGGAAUGUGUCUUGCAGAAUUCCAUCCAACUGCCGGUCCUAAGAUCAAAUAUCAAAUCCCAGAAGAUGUAUUUUCUAAAGAAGACUUGGAUGCAAUUCAUCCUUACAUAAUUACAAAACCUGAUCUGAAAGAGAGGCUAAUUACAUUGAAUACACUUGGGAAAAAAGUAAUUGGCUGCCCUGUCAUUAUAGAAAACCCCAAAUAUGCCAGAAAUGCAUACAUUUUUAACCUAUUCUUCGUCAUGGACAGCAAAACAGAAACCACCAAGUAUGAACCGGUGGUCAAGAAAUUAGCUUCAUAUUUGAAGCAGAUAGAGUCAGAGAAUGAGGCACUCUCUCAGGAGCACAACAGGGAAAAUAUUCUUCAGUUCCUGGGAACUCUCAUGCACCAGCUUAACAAAUAUGGUUACUGUAGUAUACGGAUGGGGGAAAGUUGUACUGUGCAUUUAAAGGUUGCACCUAAGAUCUACGACCCACCUCCUGUUCAGGACCAAGAUGUGCCUGUAUUUUUGAAAGAAAAACAGAAUUUAAAAUUAGGUCACUGGGAUUUAACAACACAACAGAUUCUCUCUUAUAUUGAUGGUUUUAAGCAUGUGGCUAAGAUAGCUGGUGAGGCUGAUGUUGAGAUUAACCUGGUGAAAUCUUGUCUGCAGAAUCUUGUACAUUACCAAGUUAUCAAGGUUAUUCCAAUUUUCCAGUAUUGCAAUGUCUACACCUCACGUCCUGACAUACAGACACUUUACACAAACAAGAGGCUUCAAGAAGAAUGUAUCAAAUUUGUAGCAAAGAAAGGUAGUUUACAACCACCAAAUUUCCGGGACAUUUUCCUGAUCUAUUGUUCUUUAGGACCAGGGGUAACAGUAAAGGAUAUAUGUGCCAGAUUCAAUCCCCAUGCUCUAAAAAUUGAUGAAAGAAAAUUGAUCCAGUUUGGUUUGAUGAAAGGAUUGCUCCGACGUUUACAAAAAUAUCCAAUCAAAUUUCCUGGAGAUGUUAUGACCUCUGUAAAACUACAACAGUUGUAUCCAUGGUUUAAUGGUCGCCAUAGUUAUGACGAAAUAUGUUCAAAAACAGGGUUGAGUCAUCAGGACCUAGAAGAAAAGAUAGAGACUGAUCCAAGCAUAGUUAUAUCAUGGAAGUAGACAUAAAAUGAUCUCAUUACUUACUGCUCACAGUGGACACAGUGAAGCCUAACUCAUUUUACUGAGAAUGCCUUUAAUCAAUGCUUCAAUUCAGAAGAUAGUACAUAAAUGAAUCAAAACUAAAGGUACUGUGAUGUACAUGUGACCAAACACAACAAUCACAGAAGAUCUGACUGCAAGAAAACAAUGGAGCAUAUGAGGAGAGAUCUCUAGUGAUGCAUUACAUUGUUUAUUCUGCAAAAUUAAGAUACGAUUGUUGCAUAUGAGAUGACAUUUUGUGUGUAUUUUAUAAGAUUUUACACAGAUAACAAUUGGAUAAUAAACUUGCUGACUAACUUCUUAGUAAGCUGACUGACAAGGGUAAUAAACAAAUACAUUCUGCCUUUAUCAAAUUGUUGUGUAAGGCAUACAUGGUAUAAUGAUUAAUUUUAUGUCAAUUUACAAAUGUCUACACCGAAACUAUCCAACUCUUUUAAAAUCUGAUGAGUUCAAAUAAGACAGUGCUCUUGAUAGGAAUGGUACUGAUAUUUUAUGCACACAUCAAACUAGGCGAACACAAUUCAUUGAUAUGUUUACUGUUCUGAGUCGAGACAAAUUAUCUAGGCCAAGUGUUGUUUGGUUUUUUUUAGUCAUUGUUUCUUUAUUUUUUAAUGAGGACUCUAUUGCUGUGUAGGGUAGUUUAUUUCAUUUAUUCUUGUACAAAUUUUAUUUACUUCAGUUUUGUUUUUGCAAUUUUCAAAGUAUAAGUUGAUAUAAACAAUUUCCAUAAAAAAGAUGAUUCAUAAGACAAAGACUGAAUACAUAUGGUUUUUGUCAUUUUCCAACUAGCUUUUUUCCCCUUAAAUUUUAAAACACAUGAUCAAAUGUUUGGGUUAAGUAUGACACUAAGGAGGGUAUGGAUGGGGGGGGGUCUGUUAUUCUGUAAACAUUUAAUUUUCACCCCAUUUUUCUCUAAUCUUUAAAAAAUUAACCCCUUUUUUCUAUAAUCUUCCAAAAAUUAACCUUUUUAUUCUCUAAUCUUCUAUUUUUUGGCUCAUUAUUCUCUAAUCUUCAUUUUUUAAGGGCAUUAUUCUUUAAUCAUUUAACCCCAUCCAAACCCUCACUAAGUCUUAUCCCACUCCUUCUUUAUACUUUUUUUUAAAAAUAUAUGGUAAGUACUUAUAGAGAAAUCUAGCUAUAUCAUUUGUUCAAAUCAGAAGUUUAUAUUCAAUGUACUGUUAUACAAAUACCAUGCUAUUACGAAUUAUAAAUCACAUUUUUAUUUUAUCACUGAUGUAAAUACAUAGAAAUAAUAGCAGAAACAUAUGGCAAUGAAUAUUUUUUUUUUUUAGGUUAUGUUAUAGAACAAUCUAUUUUCUAGUUUAUUUUGCAUUUUAAAUCAUCCUUCAAAUGACAUUCUUCUUCUUCUUCUUCUUCUGGUAUACAGUUACAGCUUCAUUAAUAUUGAAGAUUAUGAACUGUUGCAUGCAUGGAGUAUAUGAUUAAAAUAUGAACAAAAAUAUGAACAAAAAUUUAUCUUUACAUUUGUAGAAUACUUGGUGAUACUUACAUUGAAA